AUGAAUGUCAGGAUGAUCCCUCCAGAGCACGACAGAACGAAAAUCUUUCUGUGUAACUCUGAAGUCGUCUGUGAAUGUGAUUGUGCCGGCGUCAGAUGCUUGUUGAUUUGGACUUUCCCUAUGGACUCGCCGCCCCUGCAGACACCCCUGGCAAUGGACGUUGGACCCCUGAAGCUUCCCCUGGACACACAACCUCUGGCGACGAGCGUAGAACAUACCUCUUCGGGCCGUCAAGACACUUCCGGGAACCAAGCAACAAGUCCAGAGGCGAUGUUCCUGAUUGGUAUGGGUAAACAGGGUAGAACGAGCCGCGGACGUGACGACGGUACUGGUGUGCUGUUCGUUCGCCUUGAAUACCUCUGUAGAGGUAGAGGCAGCUCCAUGCCUUUAGCACCCGGGUGCUAUACCUCUAGGCCAAAACCACCAGCCUCUUUGGUCACAACACAGGCGGCAGGCACUCUCGGUGCGCAGCAUAUUGCCCAGCUCUGUUUCCGCGGGGAUAUCCAUGGUUGGGGAAGGAAUUUGCAAUUCGCGCUGGUGGAAACCGUGGAAUUCACCGAAUUGCUGGUUCAGUUGCGUAAUCGUGGUCUUGUCUCGAGACGCGCCGUCCAAAAAGAAGCAAGGUACCUCAUGAUCGGAACACCACGGAAGUCCUUUGUCCUCUCGAAGAGGAUCAAGCUGAGCCGUUUCCCAUCUCGAUCGCGGUUCAGCCCCUGGACCCUUUCAGUUGGAAUUUCCCUUUGCGCGGCCCGUGAAGAGCCAACUUACAAACCAAGACGGGACUUGUCAAACCUCCAUUGUCGCGGGCUGCGCCGGGAUCGGCACCCCGUACCCACGGACGUGCUGUUGGCAAACGGAAAGAGCCAAGACUUGUCCAAGGGAAACGCCAGCCCAAGCCGGGCUAAGCUGGUGGAGAUAAGGACCCAUCGAUUGACCCAAUUCCAAUCACUGGCUCGUGCUCUCUCUGCCCGAUUCCUGUCAUGCAAACUGCCCUCGAGAAUCAACUACGACACUGCAACGACCAUCUCCCGUCUCAACAACACUGACUCACUCCAAGCUCAAUCGUAA